AUGUGGAUCCUACUCAUAAUCUAUUCACAUCCUCGUUUACACAACCUUUUGGAGAAGCGAGAGGCGGACGCCGACCCUAGCCUCCCCUUCUACGGUCAGACUUAUGGCUACCCUAGCUACUACCGAGGCUACGGCUACCCAUACAGCUACUCCCACGCCCUCCACAAGAGGUCGGCUGAUCCUGAACCCGAUGCUGAUCCUUCCCUCCUGUACAAUUACUACCGCCCUUACUCUGCAGGUUAUGGCUACGUUCGCCCUUACACCUACGGCUAUCCCUACAGCCACGCCCACGCCCUCCACAAGAGGUCGGCCGAACCAGAAGCUGACGCCUCCGUUGUUCACCCGCACACUUACUCCUACACCCACGCCGCUCCUGUCGUCUCCUACGGCUAUCCCUACACCUACGGCUAUGGCUACCGCAGGGGCUAUGGAUAUUAA